AUGCGUGCUGGUCAUCUUCAGCGCCGACAAAACCAUGAGGGAAAUGAAAUGAAAGAGACUGAGGAGUUCCUUGCGGCUGAAAUGAACAAGCUUUCCGCCCAGGAACGAGCUAAGGUUCUAGAUGAUUUACACUGUGUUGGAGAAGAGCUUCAGGAGACACCUGAGAUGAUUCAGCAGUCGCUGUCAGAAUUUGAUUACUUGGUACAGAAUUGCGACGAUCGAAUUUAUUCCAUUGCUGUGAAUCAGAACCGAGCCUAUGUGGAAGAUUCAGAGUUUCGAUUGAAAUUUCUCAGGGCAAAUAUGUACGAUACAAGAAAAUCUGUUCAUCAGAUGAUGAGUUUCUUGAAUCAGAAGGCACUCUAUUUUGGAGAGGACAAGGUGGCGCAUGACAUCGCGGCUAGUGAUCUAAACGAGGACGAGGUUGAGUUGAUGCGGUCUGGUUUUUUUCAGAUUCAGGAUGGGCGAGAUCGCAAUGGCAGAGUGAUGGUGUAUCACUCUGUUACUAGGAUUCCCAGCCAAUGCACGAUUGAGAAGAUGGUCCGCGUUAUGUACCAUCUCUUUUACAAUAUUUUAACUUCGAUACAAGAAGCACAAAAGAAGGGAAUCAUAAUGAUAUACUACGAUGAGUCGAAAGGAAGGGACAAUUCAAAACCGCCUGGAUUCAACUUCUUGUCGACGUCCCACCACUUUGGUAAUUCCCUUCCAAUUCAUAUAUCCGCAUUGCACCUAUGUCUUCAUUCAUCUCCAGGGAGUUUGGCUCUGCACAACCGUCUUUUAAAGUUCCUUCUGAAAGCUCUGCCGCAAAGUACGAGGACAAGAGCUCGCCUUCACUAUGGCAGCGACUUAGAAAGACAAUAUAAACUUCAAGGCUACGGCAUUCCACUUGAUACCUUUCCUGUUGACAGCGGUGGCAACAUCCGUGUUGAGAUACAAAAUGCUUGGUGCAAGGGUUAUAUGGACGAAGGCUCGACAAUCGGGCAACAAGGGGGUCACAAGAACGCUACCAUAACACUAAUCUUUGGGGGGAUCUGGCAGACCGAUAUCUUGUUUGGGCGAGGACGAUUGGUUCAGUACCAUCACGGAAAUGUUCGAUUCCGAGAGUUUUUGGACGAACACAUUGAAGAAUACGAAAAUCUCCCUCGGAACCAAAGACGGAAGGCUAGUGUUGGCUAUACCCGAGAGCUUGUUUCAAACGGGAAUCGCUUUUUGAAGGAAAACGGGAAUGAUGGAUGGAUUGUGUGUGACUUUGAAGAAGCUGUGGGCAAAGUCCUUCAGUUCUAUCGCACCAGUCGUCGGAACAGGAAAUACAUGAGUUCUGGGACAGAAGCUGGCUAUAUCGGCUAA